UUAUGGGAGCUUUAUUAUUACUUCCGCAAGAUGUCGCUUGUCUGACAGUUUGGGUUUUCCGCAUUUAAUUCAGUAUUUUUUCUUAGUUGGAAGCCCUAACAGUUAAUGACAAAUACAUAUCCAAAGUCUUCGUAUGAAUAAUAAAGCAUCAAGCUUGAACGAAAGCGGAAAAGACGGCGCCAGUGCCCUGGAUUCUGAAGGAGCUACAUCACAAACAAAACUCCAAGAAGAAAUGAAGCGGGCAGCAGCAAAACAGCUGAUAGAGGCGUACUAUUUCCAGCUGACAGAUGGAUGUGGCAAUGGCACAUGUACCAAUGAAGUGUGUGCAUCCAGUCCUAGUUUCAACCUUAGAGACAAAGACAAAAAUGCUCUUGCUCUAAUGUCUAUUGAAUUGUUCAAACAAAAAGCUCAAUUAUGUGAAAACGAGAGAAAUAAGAUAGCCCGGUUACCUGUGAGUAGAGAGACAAGUCCAGUAGGGGCAACAUCAGCAGCAACGCCACCUAUAGGAGGAGAAACUCUGACCGGCGCAUCACCUUUAGUUGUAGAAACUCAGCCUGGAUCUUCUAAAGAUGGCUUCAUUGAUUUAAAAGCCAAAACCUCCCUGCUAACUACUCCAUACAAAUGUGCUGGUGUAACUGCGAAAUCUACACCUACAACCCCUACACAACCUAAAGAUGUACCAUAUCUGAAUGAGGAAAAACUUCUUGAAAUAUUGAAAGACUGUCAGAAAACAAAUGAUUGGUCAUCAUUAAUCAAGAUUAUAGGAAGUGUAUAUAGCAAUCCUGAGUCACUCAUAAAGAGUUUUCAGCUUCAAAGUGGAGGACAGAAGAAAGAGAAAGUGAGUGAUUUUGAUAGUGAUAAAGACAUUGAUGAUGAGGAUUCUGAAUCAGGGGAGAGAAUUCAUGAUAAGGUUUCAGAUGUAUGGCAUCAACAGACGACAGGAAGUGAUGUUAAUGUUGAUUUGUCGUCUUUACGACGCUGCUAUGAUUUCCUGAUGGAUAUACCAGAACUCCCAUUCCAGAAUGCCCUGAUCAAUGCUCUACGUACACUUGCCAGUACAUUAGAUAUGGACUUUAAAUAUACACGGCAAAUAGAGAAUGAAGCAAACUAUUUAAACAUUUUUGUGAUAGUGUUAGAAAUACCGUUGUUACAUAGCCCGGAGUUUAUUGAGGUUGCCUAUCCAGACUUUUGCAAGGCUUUGGGUCAGUUGCCACUAAAGGGUCAAGUAAAGCUAGCACAGUAUUGGGCAACCUUUGAGAAGGAAAGGUUGAAGGAAAUGGUCCUAUCAUUGCAGCAAAUGAUAACAGUGAAACUGAUAGAUGGCGAAGCACGUUGGAACCAGGGCUGGACUCUGAACACGGAAGAUGCCAUCACUGGUCCAGUCAAAGUGAUGAAAAUUCUUUAUUAUGCAAGCAUGUACGGGGGUAUGAAGGAUUCGAGGUCUGUUCUAGAGGAAGAGAGAAGAAUUAUUGAAGGUGAAAGUCAUCUGCAGCAUGAAUUUCUUGGUGCUAGUGCCAUGGGUCAUGACUUUAAAGAGCCAAGACAAAUUAAAGAUGAUCCUUUAGGGAAAGAGUUAGAAAUCACACAUGCUGACUGUAGGAGCCCACUAGUGGACUAUGAGGAAUUUGUCAAUGAAACUCUUAAUGAGCAUAUAAGUGUAGAAACAGACUAUAAAUUCAAGUUGGAAAGUGAAGAAACGCCAAGUAAAUUUUCAUUUGCUAACUAUAGUUUUGUUUUGACAACUGCAUCAAAACAGGCAAGUUUAUAUAUGGACAAUCGUAUACAGAUGUUCCGAGAAAGGCGUUCAUCUAUAAUACAAACAUUAGUACAUGGAAUGCCACCAAUGCCGUUCCUUAGAAUCCGAGUGUCCCGAGAACGUUUGAUAGAUGAUGCUUUAGUUGCUCUUGAAAUGGUAGCAAUGGAGAACCCAUCAGAUCUGAGGAAACAGUUAUUUGUAGAGUUUGACGGUGAACAAGGACUGGACGAGGGAGGUGUCUCCAAAGAAUUCUUCCAGCUCAUUGUAGAGGAAAUAUUCAAUGUUGACUUUGGAAUGUUUACAUACAACAAUGAGACACAUCAGUUUUGGUUUAACUCGAUGUCGUUUGAGAAUGAUGCUCAGUUUACACUGAUAGGUAUUGUACUAGGGCUGGCAAUAUAUAACAGUACAAUAGUUGAUGUUCAUUUUCCAUCCGUUGUUUACAGAAAACUUGUGGGCAAGUUAGGAACAUUCCAGGACUUGUCAGAUGUAGACCCUUGUCUGUCGAAGAGUUUACAGGAGAUGUUGGAUUAUGAAGGUGAAGAUUUUGAGGACGUGUUCAUGCAGACAUUCCUGCUCAGUUAUAAAGAUGUAUUUGGCAGCACAAUUACACAGGAACUUAAAGAAAAAGGAAAUGAAAUACCAGUCACACAGCUCAAUAAAAAGGAAUUUGUGGACCUUUAUGCAGAUUUUAUCUUGAAUAAGUCAAUAGAGAAGCAGUUUCGUGCAUUCCGGCGUGGGUUUCAAAUGGUCACCAGUGAGAGCCCGCUCAAAAUAUUAUUCCGCCCCAACGAGAUAGAACUUCUCAUCUGUGGUAGUGAGGACUAUGAUUUCUUUGCACUAGAGGAAGCUUGUGAAUAUGAUGGAGGUUUUGACAAACAGUCAACAACAAUCAGACAUUUCUGGGAGGUUGUUCACGGGUUUGGUGAGGAACAAAGAAGGAAGUUGAUCCAGUUUACAACUGGCACAGACAGGGUACCUGUAGGUGGGCUCUCAAAACUCAAACUUAUAAUUGCAAGAAAUGGCCCAGACUCUGAAAGGUUGCCAACAGCUCACACCUGUUUCAAUGUUCUUUUGUUACCGGACUAUGAAAAUAAAACAAAGUUAGAGGAAAGGUUGCUGAAGGCAAUCACAUACUCAAAAGGAUUUGGAAUGCUUUAAACUAUG